AUGACAAUCGCGCUGCUACAAUUCAGACAAUGCCUUUUCCGGAUGAGUCGAAAUGGUACUCUUCUCCACCGCACCUUUCACGCUUCUUUGCCGCAGGCUAUAGUGCGGCCAUUCUUGCUCUCUGAUAUCGGCGAAGGCAUCAAAGAAGUACAGAUCAUACAAUGGUUCGUCGAGCCAGGGGCACGCGUCGAGCAAUUUGACAAGAUCUGCGAGGUCCAGUCUGAUAAAGCUACUACAGAGAUAACAUCCAGGUUUGACGGAGUGAUUAAAAAGUUGCACUACGAAGCCGAGGAUGUCGCGCAGGUGGGCAAGCCACUCUGCGACAUCGACGUUCAAAGCGACAUCUCGCCCGAAGAUGAGGCCAUCUUGGCCCCUCCAGCUGAGCAAGCAGGAUCUCCGUCAGACCCACAGCAGCCGCAGAAAGCUCCAGAGCUGCGGCUUGAGACGCCCGUGGAAGCAAAAGACCAAGCUCCCGUGGAGAAAAGUGCAGCACUCGCCACACCUGCUGUUCGAGGUCUUCUUAAAGAACUAAACGUGAAUAUAGCAAAUGUCACAGGUACCGGCAAAGACGGACGCGUAACCAAAGAUGAUGUCCACAAGCUUGUAGCAGCUCAAAAAACAGGGACUACCCAAUCGAUCCAACCACAGAAUACGCGAGAAUCAUCUAAUCCAGAUCCAGCCCAAGUGGAAAAUCCGAUUUCGCUCACACCCGUCCAGACCCAAAUGUUCAAGACGAUGACAAGGUCUCUCAGCAUCCCCCAUUUCCUCUAUGCUGAUGAGAUUGAUGUGACUGCGCUGUCCACACUCCGUCAGCGCUUAAAUAACAAGCCAUCGAGUGCUCGAAGGCUUUCGUACCUGCACUUUGUAAUCAAAGCGGUGUCUUUGGCUUUGGAGGAAUUCCCUCUCCUAAACGCUCGAGUUGAUACAGGAACUGGAGAGAAUACACCGAAGCUUGUGAUGCGCGAGAAGCAUAACAUUGGAGUGGCCAUGGACACUCCUCAAGGGCUCCUGGUACCGAACAUAAAGGAUGUUUCCGCGAGAUCGAUUUUGGACAUUGCGUUAGAAGUCUCCCGGCUCCAAGCGCUCGCGAAGCAUGGAAAACUCUCUGUCACCGAUCUGACAGGCGGUACCGUCACAGUGAGCAACGUUGGUAGCAUAGGCGGCACAUAUGUGGCUCCAGUCCUUGUUCAAAGCGAGGUUGCUAUCUUGGGCAUUGGAAAAGCCAGGAUAGUUCCAGCAUUCGACGACCAAGACCAUGUGGUCAAGAAAGAGAUUAUGAAUUUUAGCUGGAGCGCUGAUCAUCGCGUCGUGGACGGUGCAACAAUGGCAAGAAUGGCCGAGCGAGUCAGAGUCUUCGUCGAAGAACCAGCGCUGAUGAUGACGAGGCUCAGAUGA